AACUCUAGCAACCCGAGUGUCGUUAAUCUCACUUUAAUUCAACGCGUCCAACAAUACAUUUUCUCAUAUGUUUUGUUGCCCCGUGAUUCGAACCAUGGCGUCGUCAACAAGGACGAUAUUCGUUUGUUUCACGUCCUGUUGAACGAUGUCAAAUUUGAUUGGGUUCACUUCUUUAUCGUUGCACUUAGCGAUGGCACUUGCUUUUCCCAUCUCCGUUUUGCCAUCCCCAUUAUGCAGAUCCUUGCUCAUUGCAAAGUAGACCUUACUCGGGACACUCAGGUGCCGGUUAAGAAGACGUGUUUCAUCACUGAAGCCAACUUUUCCCGGAUCGUGUAUCGAGAGGAGGGCGAUGCUGCACCAAAUCAGGACUUGAUCGUCGCCGAAGAAGAAGAAGAAAGCCAAAACGAGAAUCAAGCUGAGUCAUCUCAAGCCGGAGGUAGUCGAGCCACGGAGCGCGUCACUCGUCAACGGAGGACUCGUCCGAGAGAAGAAGCACCGGAACCAUCUUGGGUGAAAAAGAUCUUCGAUACUCUCACGUGCAUCCGAGAUGACGUUCGCCAGCUCAACGAGAGGAUGACUCGUCUUGAGCAAUCUCGCUCCUACCGUGGCCCGCGUCACAGCUUCAGCGGAGGAGCUCGUCCGGCGAACUCUCUUUGAUUAUUUUCUCUUCCAUCUUAGCUUUUUUUGAUACAUUGUUAUUUGCUAUUACUGUUAUAACUCUUUUGGUGAAUGAUAUUGUUGCUAAUAUGGUUCUCUUUUAGAACUUUUUGUCCCUUUGAGGCAAUUCGUGUUAGAAGCUCUUUUGAAAACUCUUACAAUUUUUUUUUUCUCCUUCAAAUCCCGGCAUAAAUUAAGGAGGAAGGU